GGCAGUAAUGCUGCACACAGUUUGUGGGCGAGCCCUUUGAAAGGAAAACAAGCAAGCGCACGUGUGGGCGCCAGUAAGAUGACUGUCAGCUGAAAGAAGUAGCUCUCCGUGGAUUGUCGCUUCACUGGCGUAAGCUAAUUACCUUCACUGCAGAGAUGGAGGAUGCUGGAGGUGAGGAUACUUCAGAUGUACAGGGGGCAGCAGCAACAAGCUCCUUUGGACACAAACCAAAUUCUGCUAGGCCGGUUUCAGCUUUGCUUGAGGAAGCAGCCCAAAUGAAAACAGAAGGAAAUGCUUUUUAUAAGGACAAGAACAUUCGCUCAGCCAUCGGCCGUUAUCACCGUGCUCUUCUGGUCCUGCGGACCAUUGACUCAGAUGUGACAACAUCAGUGAAAGGGUUUGGUCCUAAGACACCUGUGCUCACACCUGAACAGGAGGCUUUAAUGAGAAAUACUCAAGUGGACUGCUACAACAACCUUGCUGCCUGUUUGCUGCAGAAAAAGAGUGUUGAUUAUGCUCGUGUGCAGGAGUACAGUCUGCGAGUACUAAAGUGGCGACCAGGCAAUGCCAAAGCGCUGUAUAGAGCCGGAGUCGCCACUCUGGAGAUGGGAGAUGCAGAUGCAGCCAAAGAGUACCUCAUCCAGGCGUCUAAAGAGCAGCCUAACGAUGCCAAUGUGAGGAAGUACCUGCAGAGGGCUGAGGAGAAACUCAAUCAGGAGUUACAAAAAGAGAAAGCCAUGUAUCGAGGCAUGUUUUCCUCCGGCCAGAAUGAUCGCUCUGGGGAUGGGAUUAACCAAACCAGAAGAGCUGGGGAUGGAGUGUAGUCCAUCGGCUCAACUUGCCAGAUAAAACCUCAACCUGAGAGACUGAUCAACCUCGGACCACGUAGACCACAACUCAAGAAUGUUUACAUGACUUAAACGACUUGCUGUCUCUCCUUGGAGAGGACUGACGUAAACAUAAGAGACACAUUUCAGGAACGCAGUCAGUUGGAAAGUAAAGAUGUCGUUGCUGAAAAUAGAAAGGACAGAAAAGUUGGUUUCCUAGCAACACAGCAAGUCUAAUAUAGUUCACAAAAUGCUUCUGAAAGCUAAAGAGGCUCUUCAUGCACUACUUGAUUGCCUCCAUGAUUGCAGUUGUUUGGUCAGUGAU